AUUUCUCUCUGUGACUCCUCACUUCCCUAUCUGCUCUCUCUCUCCAACAUGAGCUCGAUCGAAAACGCUUCGAAGAAGCCAUCUAUGGCCUCUGCUUCUUCAAACCCAGAAACACUUUUCUCUACCAAGACCCCUGACAAGACGGCGACUCUCUCAACCAGACCUCGUGACUGCGACAAACCCGUUAGGAGACAGAUCUUGACUUCGCCUAGAAAACCUGAAACGACCGUGAAAUUACCCGAAAGGUUUGAGAUUCUGGAUGAAUGCUUUAAUGGGUUGGUCACUGCGAUUAGGUUGCUGAAGCUAAAGGGCUCUUUGACUUCGUUUGCUAAUAUAUGUCCCAAGAUUGAGUAUCUUACUAAUCGGAUCUUCUCGUAUGAUCAUUUGGCUCAGAUGAAGCAUAUUUAUCCAGAAGCCACUGAAGUGAAGAGAGUUUUGAAGUGUGAUGAAGUCACUAGUUGUAUGAAACCUACUCUUCACAUUAACUUAAACACCGAUGCAAUUGAACUUGAAGAUACAAGUUGCGGAACUAAGUAUAUGCAGCUUAGGAACGUGUUCUACUCAAAGCUUGUAGAUUUUUACAAAGCUCAUCCUAAGGACGAGUUUCCAAAAGAACUGCUUCCUGAAUCGUUCAAUUUCUCCAAAAAGGAUUCAGACACAAUAAGUGUAGUAGACGUGGGAGCAUUUAAAGUUGAAAAUGAUGGGUUUGAUGUUCAAAUGGAUGAGAUGGAGCAGGAAGAAGAUAAAGUUAACAAAGUGUUUCCAGAUUCUACUUUAUCAGAUGGUACUGAGGAAUGUUUGUUACCAAACACAGAGUCAACCCCAGCCAAAGUUUUGUCCACCCCCUCCAAGGAUCUGUCAACACCAAUCAAGCUCAUGAGUGCUACACCGACGUUGCAACCCUCUAGACGGUGUAUUACAAUGACUCCAGAUGAUGAUAGUGACUCUGUUAGACCAACAAAUGAUCUGGAAAGGCGUCCUUCUCGCACUAGGUGUCUGAAUUUCGAUACUCUGGAGGAAGAAGAUGGAACAGUCAGUGAUGAAUCUAACGAUGAAGCAAACGAUGAUGAAGCUAGUGAUGCUUCCUCCGAUGAAGAUAGUGAUGCUUCCUACGAUGAAAUUAGUCUUCUGCACUCAAUGAUAGAGGAACCAAAGACUGAAUCCAUAAAGCAAAACUUGCCUAAGCUUGUUAAUGUGAUUCAUAAAUUGUUCCACUCAACAAAGCGAACGGUCAUCACCAAGGAAGAGCUUCUUCACAAGAUGAUCGCAUGCCAAAUCGAUAUAGUGGAUAGAAGUAAGGACAGUUUGUUUAUAUUUAAAUGUGUUUUACAGUUUCACUUAUCUCUUCUUCCUUGUCAGGCUCAUGACAGUUCCUUUCUUUUUUUUGUCUUUCUCUCAGAGGAAGUGGAGGAACAGUUAAGGUUGAUGUUGCAGUUGGUUCCGGAUUGGAUCUCUGAAACAAAAGCAUCUUUUGGGGAUGUUCUUGUUAGCAUUAAUAAAAUGUCCACUCCAGAAACGGUACGGGCAAGACUUGAGGAAGCAACUUCACAGGACACUUCCACGGUCUCCUGAAGAUUAAAAUAUUAGUUUCAGUUAUCAUUAAUCUUUUACACAUGUUUUCCUUUCAUAAUCUGAUCCAACAAUCUAUAUGAAACUUAUUACAAUAUUAUUAAUUUCUUAUCAAACAUAAUAAUUAUCUAAUGAUUGUGGUGGCUGGUUAAGUUGUCUAAGUCACGUAGCUAAAAGUUGAUAUUAUAAGUUAACCUCAUAAGACUUUUUACAAUAACAAAUGAAGUAGCUUAGCUUCUGACAAAUGGGUGUUAGAUAGUGGUUGUUGAGUAACAAGUGUUUGAACCAGUGAUAUUAUCUUUCAUAAAGAUAGUUUUUGAAGACUUUGAAUAACUGUAUGAGAAUUAAAGUGGUUGAAUACCAAGAUUCCAUAAGUCCUGAACAUGUGUUGAAUAUGACAGUUAUUUUGUUUACAUCAAAGGUAAGAGGUUCUGCUUCUACAAUCUACAGACACAAUAUAUAUACAGAAGAGAAGUCUUUGAAAAUUUUACUCAUGUGAACCCUCCUUUAAGAGCUUUGCUUGCUCUCUGAAUAGCCCUUGCGACUCUCCAUAUCUCAUGCUUGAUUGUUCCCUCUGAUGAGUUUGUUGCAAUAGCAUCUGUUAUUCCUGGGAAAAAA